AGCGCACAGGAUGCGAUAACAUACGUCCACUCACAUCGGCCGGUGUCUAGAAUUUUUCCGCUAGGUCACCAAUCAGAAAAUUUCAAUUUCGCUUAUAUCUCCAGAACUAUUGACACCUCGACAAAUUUUCGUUCAGAGAAAGUUAAAUCGUUCGGAGAAUCUUUCUCGAUAAAAUUAAUGUCGCGAGAACUGGGACAUCUUGUAUACAAUGAAAUAUAUCCCGGAUAAAUUAUACAUUCUUCGUGAUGCACGGGAAAAAUAUUACACGCUAUUAUUUAUUACUACGCCACUGCGUAUCUCUUUCUUAUAUUUCUCCAUAUUCCGCACUCGUGAAAAUUCGCAGUGCCCACGCGCGAAGUGUUCCACUUCUCCGCCCGUGCAGUAUCAACGCAGCUGGGGAGGAAUAAGUUGCAACGGCCAUGGGGACUGUGUAGCAGUCGCUCUCUCGGUGUUCCGGUCGCUUGUUUUUAUUUCUUUGUUUUUAGUUUCGCCCAGGAUUAUCCGUUCGCCGUCGAGUUCCGCGGAAUUCGACUCGCGAUACGAUGGCCGUGAUAGAUUCUACGGGCUUUCUGGUUUCGUUGCUGUGUCUCGUCGCGGUGCUAACCUCGUCUGUCAGUGCUGUCGCGGGACCAGAUGGCACGUCCUCGGCUUCGCCAUCUCUGAGCCAGGAUUGUUCGUCCAAAUCGUCGUCAGCGACAACCGGAAAACACCCACAUUGUAAUGUCACGGACGAUAAACAAAUACCGAAGAAUCUCACGAGUACAUCGAUGAUGGCGGAAGGGGGACCAAUACCAAUAUCCACAAGCCCUGAACAGCAGGAGAAUAUCAAGGCCCCAAUUGAGGCUGACACCUCCCAUGAAUUCAGAGCGAGAGAAAAUAUGCCUAAGGAGAGAUUCGCCGCGCCUUCCGUAGUAGCGAGGAAAGGAGUCGAGGAGAAGAAAGUCAAGGCGAGGAAAGGCGUGAAUCAAUCUAGCCUGGACUCGGAGCAAGCGACUACGUCGUUCAGCCAGACCACUCUCGAGAAUGCAAGACUACCCGUAGCGGAGAACGCCACAACGGCGCCUGCUCGCGCCGAUGAUCAAGCGGAAGCUUCCAACGUCGACGCACCGAAGUCAAACGUCAGCGAUUCACGGCCUAACGCAGAUCAUGCAGAUCAUCACUCAGGCGCUAAAUCCAGUUCGAUUUUAAUCCCGGUGAACGCGAGCACCUCUCACACAGAGAGCACGAACGACACGACGAUACAGAAGUCUUCCCCGCCGGCGGAAACGAAACACGUACCGAAGCCUAAACCAACGGUGACGACUGUCGGCAAGUCGGAAACUAACGAGGCUAGGCUGCCCUCGCGUAACAAGGGCUCUCUAUCGGGCAAGCCGAGGAAAAUCGACUACAUCGUGCCGGUCAUCAUAACGAUCAUAGCUGUGCCCUUAUUGGGCACCGCAAUUUUCCUCUUGUACAGACGCGGUCGAGAUUGCUGGGACAAGAGGCACUAUCGUAGGAUGGAUUUUCUGAUCGACGGAAUGUACAAUGACUGAGAGAAAGAGAGAGAGAGAGAGAGAGAGAGAGAGAGCGAGCCUUGAACGGCGACGAUCUGCCCGCCGUGAGACUGCAGACCACAUACAGCCGUGUGUGGUUACGCGAGAGGAUCCGUCGACGGUCCAUUUUCCCUACGCGUUCCUCUGGCGAACGCAGAUUUGGCAGUUCUCUCGGAGCAGUCGUUGCCGUGCAACAGCUUCGAUUUUAUGCUACAUGACAAUGUCCGAGCGAGAACUGCGCUUGUCGUCGGUACGGUUGGUCAGUUAGGACGGUUGCCAUAGUUUUCUCUUUUCUUCGACAUGUUCCGGAACAUACGAAAGUUACGAUGAAGCAGUGUAAAAGAGACACGUAAGAAAGAACUGUCGCAACCGUCCUGUGACCGACCAUAUGUGUCUAUCAACAUGUUCGCUACCAACGUCACACGCAUAUGUGAUGCACCGUUGAUCUCUUACCAGAGACCAACGUCACACAUGCGUAGCACAUUGUGUAGUCGGUAUUCGUGGUCAAAUCUUGUGUUUGGGUCGUGCUAAUCUUCAGAUGCCUUGCUGCCGGUUUGUUGGACCAGAUAUCGCACUCUUCUCACCUUUAGAGCGAAAAGAAUACACAAGUUAGCGCAAUGCUAGUUUAGCUGAAAUGACCGGGCUUAACGAGACGAUCUGUACAGUAGAAGAAGAAGAAGACUCGAGACGAUCUUAAAUAUGAGAUCUGCGAGUGUCGCUCUGUGUUCGAAAAUGCUCAAUUCGCCUGUCAAAUAUAUUGUGCGUAAGUACAAACAUACGUUGUAUCAAGGUGGCAAACAGGUGGUGAAGAUGCUGUGUGGGCUGCGGUGAGCGACUAUGAGUGUUUGGUUCACGUGUUCCAUGUCGAAUUAAUCUUACGUAACUGGUCCACGCUUGCCGUAUUACGGGCGAAAUUUAAUCUGUCAAAUAACACUUGUCACAAGAAUUACCUAAGCACCUCGAUAAUUGCUUCGUUUUCGAGGCAAAAUAUCAAAAACAGCCUUGACCCGCGCAGCACGAAACACGAACGCGAUAGCGAACAUGUUGAAGAACUCGACAACACUUUGCUACGUAGUGUAAACAUAUAGAACGAUAUGUAUAUCGCGCUAUCGUGCAAUGAUAUAACGUCCAUGUUCGGCGUGCACAAUCAGCGGAUUAAAGUUACAACGUUUUCUUUUUUUUUCUCCUCGAUGAGUCUCCUCUCGUAUCCAGUAGGCAAAUGAAUUUUUGAUUGCUAACAAAUAAAUUCUGUUGGACACUGAUUGACACGAGACUCAUCGAAAAAGAAGAUGCUCCGACCUUUGAUCCGCCGACUGUGUCUGCUGACGUCCAAGCUUGCUGUGCAAUCUCCCCCUCGUCGUACUGUUGCCUUAAUGACAACGCGGUGGAAAUUUUGUGAUUCGUUAUGCGGCGAUGUUUACAUUUCGCAUUGUUACUCGGUAGCUUUAGCAGCUGAUCGUACCCUUAGGAUAAUCGGACGCGAGAAAAAAUCAUAUCGGAGGAGCCUCGUGCUGAGGGGCUUUGAUGAGACAACGAUUUUACUAACAAUUGCGAUAUCUUCCGCAUUGAAUAUACUUUCCUAAAUUAAUCUCGUCGAGAUGGGGAAAAUUUCGGUUGGACACGCAGUGUUUCGGAAAAAAAAAAUUUUUAUAUAUAUAUAUAUAUAUCGGAACUUGAAGACUAAAGCAAUUUCUUGAAAAGUAAUGCCGGAUAUACAAUUUCCCAAAAUACAAAUUUGACAAUAAUACAACUUUUUAGUGUACAAUUCUGCCGAAACAUUUGGAAGCAUCAUAGAAUUGUCCCAGCUUUCGAAUCGUGAGAUUUUGAUUCUUUGGAUACAAUAUGUGCCCGCCGAAAAUUUCCCUUGGGAAAAAUCGUUGCUUUUUUUUAUCUUCACUCGAAAGAAUCUUUAUGUGAACGUUGCACAACUUCUAUAUCGUGAUCUUCCUUUGUGGGUAAGAGUGUGCGCGUUUAUAUUACGAUGCCAUUUAGAAAAUGUAAGAGUGAAAAGUUCACCGAAGGGUCCAAUUUUGCCAAGUCCGACAAUAAUAUAUCAGCAAACCGAAUCUCUCGCAGAAUCUCGGCAGAAGGAACGGAGAGAUCGCGUCGUGCUUCAGCGAUCCCUUAGCGAUAGCAAUAAACGGUCGCGCGAUUUCUCCACGCUACGAGAACCCCCGUAGUUCGUAAGAUGACGCUUAAUUGUACGAGACGCGAUAAUGAUACACAAAUUUUUACCAAAGAGUUACCCUGGUUUGUGUGACACACCGUUCGUUACUGUGUAUUUCGUUCAUUUUACUAUAUUUAUAUAUGUUGCAUUUAUAUUUCGCUGGAUCUUACGAAUCUCGGAUCUUCUAUUUAAGCUUUCACAUAGUGAGGAUAUUUUUACCGUUUAUAUUUUUGCCAUAUACGAGAUAUCGCGGAGUAGGGCAGGCAUGAGACGUCUUCUCGUGUAAAUAGGGCGAAUAAUGAUUUGGUGAAAAUUAUACGGUCUGCAAGACCUUUCUAAGAUUGUGAUUUUUACGAGCGAAAUUGUGUUUCACGUUUUCGAAAGUAUAUUUUAUUAAUGCGCGGGAAAGCAAUAAUAAUAAUGAUAAUAUAAUUAUUUUUAUACGUCUAUGUAAGAGAGACAGAUUAUUCAUAUUGUUACGAAAUAUACGUACUUGCAAAACCACA